AUGGAUCCUGAAUUAUCAUUAUAUAUAGAUAAAGCACAACUUAGAGAUGAUGAAACUCGCCUCAUAUUCAAUCCUCCUUGCAAAAUUUACUCACAGAUCACCGAAUUUAUUUCAGCUAAUCCCAACAAUGUUGAUUCCAUAGGUAUCCCAAAAUCGCAAAACUGUUUUUUUUUAUACCGCAAAAAUUACAAUGCAAAACAUAAAUCUCAUAGGAGCAAAAAGGAUUGGAAAAUUCUUUCAAAGGAAGCUGGUAAUGCCUGGCAUAAUGAAUCUAACGAAGUAAAAAGUUAUUUUAAAGUAUUAGCAAAACUAGCUUUUCAAAAAAAUAAACUAAGUUAUGAAAACCUACUACUAAGAAAUUGUAUUUUUAUUGUCCAACAACCAGGGCUACAACAUAAAAAAAUAGAUAACAAUGGUUCUGCAGUUUCAUCAUCACCCGAUCCAUAUUUUUCUUCUUUAUCUUCUACUUGUUAUUACUCAAAAUAUAAUGCUAGUUCACAACCAAAACUACAACAAAAACAAACAGAUAAUAACGAUCAUGAACCUUCAUCAUCUUUACUUUAUCCAUCUUCCACUUUUUCUUGCACGAGUAAUAAUACAAGCUUGCCUCAUUUUAUGACUCAACAACCAAAUAAUAACGAUUAUCCAACAACAACAUCAUCACCAUUUCAUCCACAUUCCAGUUUUUCUUACACAAUUUCACUACCAUCAUCUCAUCCACACUCCAAUUUUCCUUACACAAGUGAUGAUACGACCUUGCUUCAUUUGGCAGCUCAACAACCAGAAGCACAACAAAAACUAAAAAAUAAUCUUCAUAAUAACAAUUGUGCAGUUUCUUCACCAUCUCAUCCACAUUCUACUUUUUCUUGCGCAAGUGACAAUACAAACUCGCCUCAUUUUGUAGCUCAAGAACCAAAAAUGCAACAAAAACAAAAAAAAGAUUUUUGUGAUGAUUGUGCAGUUCCAUCAUCAUCACUUCAUCUGCAUUCUACUUUUUCUUGCGCAAGUGAUAAUACAAGCUUGUCUCAUUUUAUGGCUCAACAACUAGAACUGAAACAAAACCAAAAUGAGAAUCUUCAUAAUAACGAUCGUGCAGUCUUAUUAUCACCUCAUACAUAUUCUACCUUUUCUUACAAAGAUGAUAGUAUAGUCUCGCUUCAUUUUGUGACUCAAAAAUCAGAAAUAGAAGAAAAUCAAAAAGAUAAGAGAAAUAAUAACGAUUAUGUAGUUUCACCGUCGCCUUAUCCACAUUCUAGUAUUCUUUAUCUUCCACUUUCUAGGCCAGCAUAUUUGGAAAUAACAUCAUUAAUCGAACAAAUUCACUCGGAAUAUGAAAUAAUAGAAGACGCUGUAGUGUUAUGGAAAAACAAAUUGAUAUACAAUGGAAGCAUUCCUGAAAAUCAACUAAAAGGAAUUUGGAAACAUUUGGAUACUUUGAUUUCUGAAAGAAAUUUGUUCGAAAGAGAACUUGAAAGAAAAAAGAAUACCAAAGACAGUGAUAAACAAGAUUUUCUUACGUUUGCAUUCUUAAUACCGGCCAAAUCGGUGGAAGGAAUUACAAAAGUAUACGAUAUGAAAUUUUAUAUAUCUCUAGAUGAAUGUUUAUCUAUUAGAUCUGAAUCAAUAAUUAAUGCAGUAAAUGAGGAUUAUGAAAAAUCAAGAAAAUUUGGAGGAUUAACUAUUACAAACGAGAUGGCUCAUGCAUUAUGUGAUAUACAUGAAGAUCUUGAAAAACAUCAACAAUUGACAGAAGUCUAUACAAGAUCUACAACAAAUUUUUGGGUAGUUGGGAGAAGGUCUGAUAAACGUAUACUCUAUAUUGUUGUACCUAAAAAAGAUACAUCACUUAUAGAAGUUGAAGAUGAGAUAAGAAAACUUACAAGUUUAUAUUUUUCUGCAAAUAAUAACUGA